ACUCUCUUAUUAAUUUUUGUUUGGUGGUUGCAAAGAGGUGAAAAUUUUGCAACUCCAAUUCACCCCCUUCUUGGAGUGCAUUGAGCCAACAAUUGGUAAUAGAGCAAGGUCUCCAAUUUGAAGGUUUAACCACCUAGGAGUUGAUUGGGGAUGGCUCAAUUUCAAGCUUCUCAACCACUUGAAGGUUUGUCUACCACUAAGCCCCUUUCUUUGAUGGCAUUAAUUAUAAUUAUUGGAAAAAUAGGAUGAAGGUCUUCAUGCUUGCAAAUGAGCCCAAGGCAUGGAUUGUGACUAUGAAAGGUCCAUAUUUGCCUAUGAAAGUUGCUAGAGAAAAUGAGGUGCCAAAGGAAGAAGUUGAAUGGAAUGAUGAAGACUUGGAAAAGAUCAAGAUCAACAACAAAGCAAUCAAUAUGUUUCAAUGUGCUCUCAAUCCAACAGAAUUCAAUAGAGUAUUUAGGUGUGGUACGAUUAAGGAGAUGCGGGGCAUGUUUGAAGUAACACAUGAAGGUACAAGCCAAGUGAAGGAGUCAAAAAUCAAUGGACUUAUUCACAUGUAUGAGCUUUUCAAGAUGAAACCUGAGGAGAGCAUUAAAGAAAUGUACACAAGAUUUAAUGAUAUCGUCACCAACCUCAAGGCUCUUGAUAAAGUUUAUCCUAAUCAAGAAUUGGUGAGAAAGAUCCUUAGAAGCUUGUCUAAGGUUUGGGAAGCCAAAAGGACUGCAAUUGAAGAGGCUAAAAAUCUCAACACUUUCAGACUUGAUGAUCUCAUUGGAAACUUGAUGACAUAUGAGAUUGAUAUUAAAGUUGAUGGUGGAGUUGAAGUUGUUGAGAAAAAGAAGAAUGUUGCAUUCAAGGCUAGCAACCAAAAGGAAGAGAAUGAAGAUGAUGCUUAUAAUGGUGAAGACAUCUCCGCCUUAAUCUCUAGAGAAGUGAGAAGAUUCAUGAAGAAGAAGAACUUCAAGAGUAAACUUGCAAAAGGAGAUGAAGGAGAGUCUAGCAAAAAGAAUGUGAAGUGCUAUAACUGUAUCAAGAUGGGGCAUUAUAGAAAUGAAUGCCCUAAAUUGAAGAAGGGUGAGAAGAAAGACAAGAAAAGCAUGAAGUAGAAAGGUUUUGCCACCACUUGGAGUGAUGAUGAGACUAGCUCAACGGAAAGUGAAAGCUCAUUGGAGAAUGGUGUUGCAAAUCUUUGCUUCAUGGCUUAAGAGGAUAGCUACAAUGAUGAGGAGGUAAACUCUAACUUCUCCAGUUCAAUUAAUGAAAGUUCCUUUGAGUAUUCUUAUGAUGAUUUAUGCAAAGUUCUUGAUUGCUCUAUGAAUGAUAUCAAGAAACUUGGGAAUGAGAAUCUUGCUAUUAAUAAAACCAUUUCAUUACU